GGCUGCGCUCUGCCUCGGUUGGCAGUGCAGGUGCCGCUGCGCCGGGGCCCGGGAAGCUGCGCGCGCUGAGCCGAGCGGAGCCAGGGAGGGAUGGAGAGCGGGCCGCCCGGGCUACUGGAGCACCGGCAAGGGGCGUAGGCAAGCGAGAAGCGGGCACUGGGGCACGAGAAGUGUUCAGACGCAAGAGCACUUCGCGAUAGGAUGAGGCUCUUGGCUGGCGCGCGGUAGUACUAUGAUUUGGUAUGUGGCCACUUUGAUAGCAAGUGUGAUCAGCACCCGAGGUCUUGCGGCUCAAGGUGCCCACGGCCUGCGAGAGGAACCUGAGUUUGUGACUGCUCGAGCUGGCGAGGGUGUGGUUCUGCGAUGCGACGUAAUCCAUCCAGUGACGGGACAGCCCCCACCCUAUGUUGUAGAGUGGUUCAAGUUUGGGGUCCCCAUCCCUAUCUUCAUCAAGUUUGGCUACUAUCCCCCACAUGUGGACCCUGAGUAUGCAGGCCGGGCCAGUCUUCAUGAUAAAGCUUCUCUGCGGCUGGAGCAGGUGCGCUCUGAGGACCAGGGCUGGUACGAGUGCAAAGUACUCAUGCUGGACCAGCAGUAUGACACAUUCCACAACGGCAGCUGGGUCCAUCUCACCAUUAACGCCCCUCCCACCUUUACAGAAACACCCCCCCAGUACAUCGAGGCCAAGGAAGGUGGAAGUAUUACCAUGACGUGCACUGCUUUUGGGAACCCUAAGCCCAUCGUCACCUGGCUCAAGGAAGGGACCCUCCUCGGUGCUAGCGGAAAGUACCAGGUGAGUGACGGUAGCUUGACGGUGACAUCGGUCAGUCGGGAGGACAGAGGCGCCUACACCUGUCGAGCGUAUAGCAUCCAGGGAGAGGCUGUGCACACAACCCACCUGCUUGUUCAAGGGCCUCCCUUCAUUGUUUCCCCUCCUGAGAACAUCACCGUCAACAUCUCCCAGGAUGCUCUGCUUACCUGCAGGGCAGAGGCGUAUCCCGGCAACCUCACCUACACCUGGUACUGGCAGGAUGAGAACGUCUACUUCCAGAAUGACCUGAAGCUAAGGGUGCGGAUCCUGAUUGAUGGGACGCUGAUCAUCUUCCGAGUGAAGCCAGAGGAUGCUGGGAAGUAUACCUGUGUCCCUAGCAACAGCCUGGGGCGCUCCCCCUCUGCCUCAGCAUACCUGACUGUGCAGUACCCAGCCCGUGUCCUCAACAUGCCCCCUGUCAUCUAUGUGCCUGUGGGAAUCCAUGGCUAUAUCCGCUGUCCUGUGGAUGCCGAGCCACCUGCUACUGUGGUGAAGUGGAAUAAGGAUGGCCGGCCACUGCAGGUAGAGAAGAACUUGGGUUGGACCUUGAUGGAGGAUGGCUCUAUUCGAAUCGAGGAGGCCACAGAGGAGGCUCUUGGCACUUACACCUGUGUGCCUUACAACACUUUGGGGACCAUGGGCCAGUCUGCCCCUGCACGGCUUGUCCUGAAGGACCCCCCGUAUUUCACGGUGCUACCUGGCUGGGAGUACCGGCAGGAGGCCGGCCGGGAGCUGCUCAUCCCCUGUGCAGCUGCAGGGGACCCCUUUCCUGUCAUCACCUGGAGGAAGGUAGGGAAGCCCAGCAGAAGCAAGCACAACGCCCUGCCCAGCGGGAGUCUCCAGUUUCGUGCCCUAAGUAAGGAGGACCACGGGGAGUGGGAAUGCGUUGCCACCAAUGUGGUCACAAGCAUCACUGCCAGCACGCACCUCACUGUCAUCGGCACCAGUCCCCAUGCCCCGGGCAGUGUCCGGGUCCAGGUCUCCAUGACAACUGCCAAUGUGUCCUGGGAGCCAGGCUAUGAUGGAGGCUACGAGCAGACAUUCUCAGUUUGGAUGAAGCGGGCUCAGUUUGGGCCCCACGACUGGCUGUCCUUGUCAGUGCCACCGGGCCCCAGCUGGUUGCUGGUAGACAGCCUGGAGCCCGAGACUGCAUACCAGUUCAGUGUCCUGGCCCAGAACAGGCUGGGAAGCAGCGCCUUCAGUGAGGUGGUCACUGUGAACACUUUAGCAUUCCCUGUUACAACCCCAGAACCUCUGGUGCUGGUGACCCCACCAAGGUGCCUCACAGCCAACCGGACCCAGCAGGGUGUGCUCCUGUCCUGGCUCCCACCUGCCAACCACAGCUUCCCCAUCGACCGCUAUAUCAUGGAGUUCCGAGUUGGGGAACGCUGGGAGAUGCUAGAUGAUGCCAUUCCAGGCACUGAUGGAGAUUUUUUUGCCAAGGAUCUGUCACAGGAUACCUGGUACGAGUUCCGGGUUUUGGCUGUCAUGCAGGAUCUGAUCAGCGAGCCUAGCAACAUCGCCGGUGUCUCCAGCACAGACAUCUUCCCACAGCCGGACCUGACUGAUGAUGGGCUGGCCCGGCCAGUGUUGGCCGGGAUAGUGGCCACCAUUUGCUUCCUGGCGGCCGCCAUCCUCUUCAGCACGCUGGCUGCCUGCUUUGUCAACAAGCAGCGCAAGCGCAAACUCAAGCGGAAAAAAGAUCCUCCGCUCUCCAUCACUCACUGUAGGAAGAGUCUUGAGUCUCCCUUGUCCUCUGGCAAGGUGAGUCCUGAGAGCAUCCGUACACUCCGAGCCCCAUCUGAGUCCUCUGACGAUCAGGGCCAGCCGGCAGCCAAGAGGAUGCUGAGCCCGACAAGGGAGAAAGAGCUAUCCUUGUAUAAAAAGACCAAGAGGGCCAUCAGCAGCAGGAAGUAUAGUGUGGCCAAGGCUGAGGCUGAAGCCGAGGCCACCACACCCAUCGAGCUGAUCAGUAGAGGUCCCGAUGGCCGCUUUGUCAUGGGCCCGUCGGAAAUGGAGCCCUCUGUGAAGGGCCGGCGAAUCGAGGGCUUCCCCUUCGCGGAGGAGACGGAUAUGUACCCUGAGUUCCGGCAGUCAGAUGAGGAAAACGAAGACCCACUGGUGCCCACGUCUGUGGCUGCUCUGAAGCCUCAGCUGACCCCUAUGUCUUCCAGCCAGGACUCUUACCUGCCACCACCAGCAUACAGCCCUCGGUUCCAGCCUCGAGGGCUCGAGGGCCCCAGUGGACUCGGGGGACGACUCCAGGCUACUGGCCAGGCGAGGCCCCCUGCUCCUCGACACUUCCACCAUGGCCAGUAUUAUGGGUACCUCAGCAGCAGCAGCCCUGGGGAGGUGGAGCCUCCGCCCUUCUAUAUGCCAGAAGUGGGCAGCCCUCUGAGCUCCGUCAUGUCGUCCCCACCCCUGCACACCGAGGGGCCUUUUGGCCACCCCACCAUCCCUGAGGAAAACGGAGAGAAUGCUUCCAACAGCACUUUACCCUUGACUCAGACACCUACAGGAGGGCGCUCCCCUGAACCCUGGGGCCGGCCAGAAUUUCCCUUUGGGGGACUGGAGACCCCAGGCAUGAUGUUCCCCCACCAGCUGCACCCCUGUGAUGUGGCCGAGAGUUUGCAGCCCAAGGCCUGCCUGCCCCGAGGACUGCCCCCAACCCCCCUCCAGGUGCCUGCAGCCUAUCCAGGCAUGCUCUCUCUGGAGGCACCAAAGGGCUGGGUAGGCAAGUCACCUGGCAGGGGUCCCAUCCCGGCGCCCCCUGUCACCAAGUGGCAGGACAGACCUAUGCAACCUCUGGUCAGCCAAGGGCAGCUAAGACAUACCAGCCAAGGUAUGGGGAUACCGGUGUUGCCUUACCCGGAGCCAGCCGAGCCCGGGGGGCACGGUGGCCCCAGCACAUUUGGCCUAGACACCCGGUGGUACGAGCCCCAGCCCCGGCCCCGGCCCAGUCCCCGGCAGGCCCGGCGUGCCGAGCCCAGUUUACAUCAAGUGGUGCUACAGCCCUCCAGGCUCUCACCUCUGACCCAAAGCCCCCUCAGUUCCCGUACUGGCUCCCCUGAGCUUGCUGCUCGUGCCCGACCUCGGCCAGGCCUCCUGCAGCAGGCAGAGAUGUCAGAGAUCACCCUGCAGCCGCCAGCUGCAGUUAGCUUCUCGCGCAAGUCCACGCCAUCCACUGGAUCUCCUUCACAGAGCAGCCGCAGUGGGAGCCCCAGCUACAGGCCGACCAUGGGCUUCACCACUCUGGCCACAGGCUACCCUUCACCUCCACCGGGCCCUGCCCCUCCAGCACCAGGGGACAACUUGGAUGUGUUUGGACAGACACCUUCCCCUAGGAGGAUGGGGGAAGAGCCACUCCGGCCAGAGCCCCCAACAACCUUACCUACUUCAGGAAUACUUCCACCUGCACCCGGGAACGCUGCUGUGCCUGAGAGGCUGGAGGCUCUGAGAUACCAACGGAUAAAGAAGCCCAAAAAGUCAUCCAAGGGCUCUUCGAAGUCAAAGAAACGAUCCGACGGUUCUGCCUCCCAGGCUCAGCAGCUUCCCAACUCUCAGGUUCUGUGGCCCGACGAAGCUGUCUGCCUCCGAAAGAAGAAGAGACACUCUCGUCCUGAUCCCUUCGCCCGGCUUUCAGACUUGUGCCACCGUCAACUUCCGGAAGACCAGACGGCGAUCCUCAACAGCGUGGAUCAUGAUGACCCAGGCCACGCUACUCUGCUCUGACUUGACAUCACUCUAAGUGUCCCCAAGGUGGGGUGCUAGGCUAAAGGGGGCAGAGAGGACCGUUGUAUAGGGCCUUGUCCUUCUCUGCCCAUCACAGGAUGGCUCAGGCCCUUGUCCCAUGUGUGUUCCCUCCUGCCAGUGUGGGCCUCUCCCUUAGAUCUAGCCAGCUAGCCUUGCCCACAGGACAGAGGACUGGAGGAGGAGCUUUUAACUGUGGGUCAGUUGGGUAUGAAAAAAAUGUCUGUCUCAACAGCACCUCUCCCCCUUUACUAGACUGAUUCUUCUUGCCUCUUCAAAUGUCUUAGAAAGUGAAGAAGAGGAAAGCAGUGGCUUUUACUGCUCUGCAUUUGUUUCAGUUUUCCAAGUCCUGGGAUGGGGUUAGAAUUACAUCCUGUCCUCCAAACUCCACAUAUAUAUAGAUAUAGAUACAAAUGCACUUGUGUGUAGUUGGUGGGUUUCUCUAUGUGUAUAUAUAUGUACAUUGAGGCAAAGUGCUAUUUCUCCCUGUGGUCAGUGAAGGACUUAGGAAGGUACUGAGUAGCAGGCUUGGUGAGCAGGGCUGGCAAUGUGCUGGUGGCUGUCCUCGUGUCUGUCUUGGGAGAUCAUUCCAGCUGAAACAGGAUUCAUGUCUCUCAGCUGACCUCACCAUUGCUCCCUCUAGCCUCUCCCAUCUAGAGCAGAAAUGGGGUCCUGCCAUAAUUCCUAACACCUUGGUUGGGGGUGUGGUCAGCAACGUGUUCGCCCUGAACUAAACCCAAGCCUCUGUUGCCUGCUUGCUAGGUGAAGAGAGCAUGGCCAGGCUGAAGGCCAGACUGGCAUCUUUCUUCUGCAGUUUGGCACUCACCACAGAAGUAGUGAUUGCUUAGCAGUGGGGCUGACAGGCAGGCCUGGUGUACAACCCUCUGCUUGUGUGGUCAUGCCUCAUUCUCUUCUGGUCCAGCCAGGGCUAAGAGCCCUGUAGCCAAAGGCCCUCCUGUCUGUAGCCACCUGUGCUGAGCGCUCAGCUGCCACAAGCUCUAUUUAUACCCUCUCU